GGCUGGUCAAUUGAAGAGCUUCAACCGAGGUAAAGCGUCAAAGAUCUCAUCAACCUCACCGCACCCAGCCAAUGGAAGGCGGUGAACGGCCCAACAAAAUUCGCCAGAAAAAAAGGCGGAAAUAGAAAGACGACUCUAGUUUGGCGGUUUUGCAUUCUCCCCUUCCUUCCUGUUGGGGUUGUUAUUUUCCUAAUGUCCUUCUAAGUAUUUUUCUAGAACCCCCUUAUUUUAUUCUUAUUCAGAUCGGCCAUUGCCAUGCCCCAGCCGCUUUUGUGAUCCUCUCGUUCACCUGUUCUGUUCCCGAGACUCUCUCGCCUGACCUCAUUGCCGCUGAACAGUAAAGACUAGAACCCUUCUUAUAACUUUGCUGUCAUUUACGCCAUGUCACUACUGUCCUACGUUACCACGGGCAUCAGCUCGUUUGUCGUCGUCACGCUUUCACUCUUCACUCUUGGCCAAAAGGUUCCCCGCGCGGCGUUUGUUGCUCGCUGCUUAGCUUCAUACGGGUCCCUUCUUUUCUGUGCCAUUUACGGUGUAAUCGCUUCGAUCAUAUUGCGCCUAGUAGGCUACGGACGAGUCUCGCAAUGGGCCACCGCGCGCAGCUUCAAGUGGAUCAUGCGGCUUACAACCGGCGUACAUUUCGACAUUGUCGAAGGCAAGGAGCAUCUUUCUACCAGGCCGGCGGUAUUCAUCGGAAACCACCAGUCAGAGCUGGACGUGCUCAUGUUGGGUGCUAUCUUCCCCCCGUAUUGCAGUGUCACGGCCAAGAAAUCCCUACGCCAUGUGCCCUUCCUCGGUUGGUUCAUGUCUCUCUCUCGCACAGUUUUUAUUGACAGGGCAAAUCGUGAGACGGCUGUAAAGGCGUUCGACAGCGCUGCAGACGAGAUGCGCAACCAUCGCCAGAGCGUCUUCAUCUUCCCGGAGGGCACAAGAAGCUACUCGGACAAGCCGGAGCUGUUACCCUUCAAGAAGGGCGCUUUCCAUCUUGCUGUGAAAGCGGGUGUGCCUAUUGUUCCAGUUGUUUCUGAGAAUUACUCGCAUGUUCUAUCUCCCCGGUACUGGAGGUUUAACGCUGGCUCAAUCCAGGUCAAGGGUACGAUUUUCCCAUCUUCCUCUCAUGUUGAGCGAAAUUACUAGGAAAUGAGGCUGACACAACCUAGUUCUCCCUCCCAUCAGUACUGA